AUGGAGGACCACCCUUGGCUAGACGGCUGGAGAGAGCUGCGCGAGGCAUCGGCGGGAUGGUGCAGGCGACUGCGAGGUCUCGUCCAGCAGGCCCGAGGGAACUGCGGCCCUAUGUUGCCCACGGACCGGACGCAAGCCUCUGCAUCCGAUCCAGCGCCUGCUGGGCUGAUUGUUGAUGUCCGGCGAGGAACGCGAAUAAGGGCUUGGGGGCCACCAGACAGGUUGGCCAUGUGCGAGAAGGCUGCUGCCGAUGCUGGCGAGUUCAAUGUCAGCAAGUGGACAACCAAGAGCAGUUCGCUGAAGGGGAUGAUGGCCUGGGUGAGAAGGACGGGACCUUUGGUGUGGAGAGUGUUGUCCCUUCUGGAUUGGCGAAGGAACAUGUGGAGCUCGCUUUGUGUCGGCUGUUGCAUCGUCAUUCGGUCAGCCUGCGAUGCCUGGCAGCCAGUUCUCACCGGUGCGGUCUUCAACCUAGUCAAUGGAGACAAGCACGAGGUCGAGCGCGAGUCCCAUUUCUUGUACUUCCUGUGCAGCUGGACCUUUGGCUGCUCGGGUCGCCUUCCCUUGGCGCGCUCAGUGAUCCUGGGCCUAAUGCUUGCCGCUGUGGUGCAGGGUGUGGCCAGAGUGAUUGGUGAUGGCAUCAAGAAGGCCAUGCGCAACAAGCAGAACAGCGAGAUGCGAGCUGCGAUGUUCGAGCAUCUGUUGGUACAGGACCAGGCUCUUUACGACACCUUGCGGCAGCGUGACCUGGUCCGCAAAGUGGAGCUCAGGGCGCUGAGCGAGGUGACGGAGUGGGUAUGGGGCAUGACUGCAGAUACUGUCAAGCUUGUCACGCAGAUGGUGUUUCUUUUCGCAAUAUCGCCGUUGAUGACGUUGGCCUAUACUGUGCUGCUACCCAUGAUGGAGCAGAUCAUCCGAAGGUACUGGGAGAGAAGCCUUCGUGCACAGCUUCGCCGUGAAGAUGGCUUGAAUGCUAUGUCGUCCAAUGUCGUGCACGAAGCCGUCUCGAUGAUCAAGACCGUCAAGUGCUUCAGCAGAGAGGACAAGCACGUUGCCCUUGUCUCAAUUGCGGCCAAAGAUGUCAUGAAGGACACAUCCCAAGAUGGAGGUCCUUGGACUUCCAGGGUGCGUGGACUAAAACACGGAGUUGCGCACCUCCUGCCUGACAUAUCUCAACGUGCAGUAUACUGCUUUUGCCUUUGGUGUGGGCUCGUGUGGAUGGAGCGUGAUUUCUCGGCAGGCGACAUGACGGCAUAUUUGCUGCUCAUUCAGCAGGUAGGUGGCCUGGUGCAGCGUGUGCGUCACCAGUUCCUCGAACUCCAGCGACGUCAUGACCUUUUGCUGGAUCACUUCGAGUUCAUGGACCGCACUCCUCAAGUUGUUUCAGGUAUGCACAAGGCUGAGGUUGGCGGAGACAUAGAAUUCCGAGAAGUUGAGUUUGCCUAUCCUGCUCGCCCGGAUGUUCAAGUCCUCAGGGGCGUGAGUUUUCAAAUGGCUCGUGGCCAGAUGACUGCACUGGUUGGCGCCUCUGGCAGCGGGAAAAGCACGAUUGCAAGUCUGCUCUUCCGUCAUUACGAUCCGGUGGUCGGUGAGAUCUCCAUUGACAACGUCAGUCUUUGCGAUUGGGAUACAUGCGCGCUGCACUCGCAAAUGGCCUUAGUUGCUCAGCAGCCUCUGCUCUUCGACACGAGCAUUCGCAACAAUCUGACAUAUGGUUGCCGAAGGAAUGUGCCCGAUGAAGAGAUCGAGGCAGCUGCUCGCAUGGCUUCGGCCCACGAUUUCAUCAUCGGCUUUCCAGCUGGCUACGACACUUAUGUGGGCGAUCAAGGUGCUCAUAUUUCUGGUGGACAGAAGCAGCGGCUCAGUAUCGCGAGAGCGGUCAUCCUCAAGCCUCAGAUCCUGGUUCUCGAUGAAGCCACAAGCGCGCUUGAUGCAGAAGCCGAAGGGGCUGUGCAGGACGCGCUGGACUCUGUCAUGGUGGGGCGAACGACGCUCGUCAUCGCACACCGCCUCAGUACCAUCAGGAAUGCUCACAGCAUUGUUUGCAUGAGGGACGGACAGAUUGUAGAGCGUGGCUCUCCCAAGGAGCUUCUGGCUAAACAGGGGUACUACUGGAGCCUCGUGCGCCGCCAGGUCUGCACUCUUGACGACCUUUCCGACUUCAAUCUUGCCUUGGAUCAGCAUCCAGCCGAGACUGCAGAGGGCAAGCCUUGCCUGGGGGACUUGGUCUUUGUGUCACUUUGCACGGCGGCCCGGAACUUUUUGGGCCAGCGAAUUCACUUCCUCGACGCCGUGAUGGCCGAUCUGGGAGGUGACUAUGGUGGAGUGUGGAGCAAGUGUCCCGUCUGGGAUGGCUCGCCGCUGACUUGGCGCGCCUUCAAGCGCGAGAUGGGCUGGUGGACUUCCUCGCUGGACUUGGAAGGCACGAGAAAGUUCAACUUAGCAGCCCGAUUCCUGAUGAGACAAAGCGGAACUGUUCGCCAGCGAGGAGAAGAGUUCAGCCCCGACGAGCUGGAGUACCAGAAGGCGGUCAAGGCGAAAGACCCUGAGACCGGCGAGGAUGUCACGAUCGUCGAAGAGGACCUCUUGGCCGGACUUAAUAAGCUUAUGGCUGCCUUGGAAGGCCUGAACGGCCAGUCCGGCGAGGGGACGGUUGUCAGUGAUAUGAGAUCAGAAGGUGUCAAGCUCCCCGACACGGAGGUGGGCUGGUUCUUCAAGGAGAAGCUCGGCCUGGAUGCUCUUCGACGACAGCUGUUGGACACUGCCCUUCAGGGUGCCGAGGCAUGUGGGACUAUUGAGUCCGAGUGCCUUCGACUUUUCCGUGACCUUCAUCUGCAAGACCCGCUUUACCGGAAGCUUGAGAAGGGCAGUGGGAAAUUAAGUAUCAGGAGAAUGUUUGCAUCGGCGCCUUCGGCAACCCCAUCCACUGCUGCAACCUCCUCGAAUACUUCUUCGCGGCGUCCCUCGACGUUCUCUACUGCAAGUUCCUUGGCUGGCUCGCGGAGGGGACCCCCGAGACAGGUGCAUGCGACCGAGACGGAGGAGCCCGAAACCCUUGAUGAGACGGCCGUGGACCAGACAGAGGACGAGGCUGCGGCGUCGGACCAGGCUGGCGAGGGCAUCUCCUUGGAAGAGGUGCUGCAGACAGAGGCCUUGGAGACGGAGAUCGAGGCGUCGGCGGAGGCUUUGGUGAGUAUGAGGGAGGCACGCGUGAAGCUGGCUGAGGUCCGCAAAGAUAGGGGCUACAAGGGCCCUGCGUUGAAUGCCUCAGCGGCAGCCAGUGGAGGCAAAGGCCGGGGCAAAGCAGCGAUAGCCGCCAAGAAGGCGUCUGGCAAGCAUCUUUGUUUCGACUGUGGUCUCCCAGGCCAUUGGAGCGGCGAUCCAGAAUGUACCAAGCCUGGGGCUGGUUUGGGCCGGGCCAAGGGCAAGGCCGCGCCGGCAAAGCAGGUGCGCAUUGCUGAGGCUUGCGGAGAUGCCAACCAUACCGUGGCGGAGGUUGAGACCUUGAACACUGGCGAGAAUGAAGUCCUCAUGGCCAUGUCCCUCUCGGCGGCAUUGCGGGCUGGCAGUUCUGGGCAGACUUCCGAAGCUUUGGUUACGAGCGCGCUGGCAAAGGACAAGGCGCUGGUUGGUGCUUUGGACUCGGCGUGCAAUAGAACUUGUGCCGGUGAAGAUUGGAUUCAAGGCUAUUUGCUUGAGUUGCAGAAGGCCCCGCCCGAGAUCCAGGCCCUGGUCAAGACCGUUGAGGAGCAAGAGAACUUUAAGUUCGGCAACGGCGGCAACCUUCCGAGCAUGACGCGCUACCGGGUGCCAGCAGUGAUCUCCGGGCACUUGGUUGGGAUAUGGAUCUCAUGUGUGCCUGUUUCUUCCCUAGGCUUACUUCUCGGUCGAGAUCUUUUGGAUGGCCUCGGCGGCGUGCUGGACUUUAGCCAAAGAACUUUGACGUGCAAGUUGUUUGCCAACCGGCCGCCCGUGGCCUUGGAAAGGUUGGCCGCUGGACAUCUCUCUCUCGCCUUGAUCCCUGAGCAGUGGCCGGCCGUGACCCAAGGUCGUUGGAGAAAACUGGGAGCCGACGGUGUCCUCGAGUGUUGCAUUGGGUGCGCUGAGUGGGCUGCUCACUUGUUGCACAUGCCUUCGGUGGCUCCCUUGAGAACAGCUCGUGUGGAACCUCGCGACCUGGAUCCCGACGACUUGGUCGGCGUCAGGUGGCGGAGGAUGAUGUUGCGAGCGGUGGCAAGAUUCGAUUGGAGCCGAGAAGGUCUACGACUGUGGUGCGUCAAGCAUCCCGAGCUGCGCUGGUUGCCAUUUCCCUAUCCCUCUGUGUCCUCGGUGGAGCAAUGGCGGCUGCAGGUCGAUGGCAUGGUGGCCAAUGGAUGCUACCCUCGGAAGUGGCUGGGCCGAGGAGUGUUCAGUCAGGGGACCUUGGCUUCUUUGACGUGGUUUCGCAGCCGCGUCGGCUUGAAGUUUGCGUUCCUGGAGGAUCCGGUGCUGAGUGGGAUGCUGGCUGCGCGCUGGCAGCCAGGCCGGAUGAACCGCAUCAAGAAUGCAGCCAUCAAGGAGGAAGCAGCAGCAUUGGCGCGAGAGACAGAUCGACUCCGGGCAGCCCGUACGCUGCUUGGGCCAAAAGGGGGGAUACCCACGCUCAAGGCCGACUUGUUGAAGCUCGCAGCCCUCUUGCACACCGAGGUGGCCGACAAGGACACGGUGCAGACCAUCAGAGACAAACUGCGGCCGCUGGUGGCCGAUCUUUGUGCAAAGGUUCCUUUGCCGGCGACCUCUUCCAUCGACUCCGGCGAGCGCUCCGAGCUGGCGUUGGCGGGACCUUCGGCACGACCCUCGAUGAACGCAUCGUCAGGGACUAUGUCACCUGGGCCAUCCGGGACAGCAACCGCGGCCGCUACCUCGACAAGCGGCCCACUCAACGAUGCCAUGACUGUUGCCAUGCUGAACAAUCACCUGACCCAGGCCAUGGAGCAGCGUUUCCAGGAGCUGGGACACCGCCACGAGGCCAUGCUCAACCAGGUCAUGCACCACAUCAUGCAGAUGCACGCGAGCCAGAACCGCGACGAGGACAUGAUGAACAACGAGUGGGAGCUGGCCCCGCAACCGGCCUCGGACCCUCGCCUCAGCCAGCUAGGAUGCCUCGAGGUGAACCGGGUGCGGCAGGCUAUGCUAACUGAGGUGGCCAUGCAGUACCGCAAGGCGAUCCACGAUGCCUUUGUCAUGGAGAUCCCUCUGCUGUGCACGGACGCAGUGGGCUUUAACGACUCGGUCGGGCGGUGUGCCAGAACUCGUGGGCACAUCACCGGCGCUAACCUUGGGCCGGAAGCUGGCUGGGAUUCCUACAGCCUGGCCACCAACAGCAAGCUCUACGACUCCUGCAACGCGAAAAGCCUUACUUCGUGA